AUGUCUGGAGAAUUAGUUCGACCAAUCCAGAGAAUAUUCCCUCUCGAAAUACCUUCAUCUUUGGAGUCAGAUGAGGCAAAUGAAACUGAGACGCAGGGUUUAUUUGUAAUUGCAGAAAGUUUGGAUCAAAGAAAGGUAGGCCCUCUUCAACUAGAUGAGGUAGAGGGAAUACUAAAUUCGAGACCUCUUACACCUAUUUCCAAUGAUUCCGAUUGUUAUGACGUUUUGACCCCAGGUCACUUCUUAAUAGGGAGAUCAAUACAGAUGAUUCCGGAGCCAAUGAUAAUAGACGUAAAUGAAAAUCGGUUAAGCCGGUGGCAGAGAACGACGAAAGUAGUUCAGAUUAUCUGGAAGAAAUGGUCAAAUGGCUAUUUAGGAACUCUGCAACAGAGAAACAAGUGGAUGAUAGAGAAGGACAAUAUUUCUGUUGGUACAAUGGUACUCGUCAAGGAGGAUUAUCUGCCAAUAUGCAAAUGGAUAUUAGGUCGGGUUAUUAAAGUCUAUCAUGGAUCUGACAAUAAGUAA